AUGCCUUUAAAGCAGAGCAGUUCACAUAAAACCCCGCCACCACCAACCGAUCAUUCUCUCCAUCUCAAUUCCUUUAGCGGCAGUGAUGAGACGGUGCCAAGCGAUCCACUAGAGUGGCAUAACGACUCAAGUUAUAACGUGACCGCCAACAACAAUGCUGUAGAUGGUCGCCCUCCUGUACCCAUCACGGCGGACAGCAGCAGCGUUGAUGACUACCGCAGCGUCAUCGACGACCUAACGCUAGAGAUUCAACAGCUAAGGAAGGAACUCAAGCGCCAUAAGCAACCGGGUCCGGCCUUGCUCCAUCAAGACAAGCUAUUUGAGAUCAAAGUCUAUGGGCUGCCCCAAAAGAAAAAGAGAGAGCUCGAAACCAUACUGAGAGACCUUGCCGCGGAUCUCGAUAAAUAUCCAGAGGCGUCAUCAUCUCAAAAAAGGAAAAGGAUAUCCCCCAAUAAUCGCGAUCACAUAUACUCCAAACCUGGGAUCCAGGGCAGUCAUGCUCCCUCCUCUCCAUGUUCCAGCCUCCGGCCGGCUGACUCCGCCUACGCCUCUAUGUCGGCCGGUGGCGAGUCUUCAAGAACGCCAUUUAACCUCCCCAUCUUGCCUUCAAUCAAAUCAUCAAAGGACAAGGUAGAGGAUUAUCUACGAGAUGUUCCCGACGGCCUGUACCCACAACACGUAAUCAUGACAGACAAGGAGCGGAAGAAUCCCGUUGUUCGUCGUCUCGAACAGCUCUUUACAGGCAGAAGUAACAGUUCCGAUAUCUCGAAGAUGCCGCCUAUGCGGCCGGGUGGUAACUUCAUUGUGGCGCGCGUUGUAGCGGAUGCACAGGUGGCGGACUCAUCAUCCACCCACGAACCACAAAUUAUUGAAACUGAGUCUAUCCGAGAAGCCAGAAUCCUCUCUCUAAAACAACAAUCUCGCGCUUGGGAAAAUCAGUGCCAUUCAAGUGACCAUGGGUCGACUUCUGAUCCCGAUAUGGACAAUAUGGAGACAGGAGGCAAUGACAAAGGCUUGGUCUCGGGUACCAAGCCGUUUCCCCCACUCCCGCUUCUGCCAAAACAGCGACCAACGCGACUUUGUGAUUUGGACCCUGAUCGUGCUCAGAUUCCGUCUGAGAAUAUGAACUAUAUCCGACAUUUGGACCUACUGUCGCCCGACAUAUUGCCUGGACAGCAGAGUAUUCAGGAUGUCCACCUAGACGCUGAAGGCUGGCUCCACUUGAUCAACGUAACUCCUGGCUUCCUAUCCACUGACGGGAAUAAAAUUCGAUGGCGAGGUGGAUCCAAAGGUACCAAUCCUUCUGUCGACGAUAUCGAUGGUUCAGAAAAGAAACGUAAGCAUCAGAAGACUGGCCCAUUUAUUAGCAGUGAAUCCCAGUCCAGCGGCUCAAGUAAGAAUGUGCCUGCAUUUGACCCACAGCUUUGCGCUCGAGAUUCGUCAGGUUGGCAUACUUCCCAGGGUGGUCCUGGCGUGUCAGGCUUGGGCUUGAAUUACUCCGGAGGGUCGGCUGGCAAAUGGCAACGUCACGAAGGUACUAUCACAUACUAUAGCGGUGCACCUUUCUGCACUGAUUUAUCGAGUGAUCCAGUUGAUUUAUCACCAACCACUCGCACGCCCUCGAGCGCCCAAAACCGAAAGGAUGCUCACUACCGACCGUUGACGGAUCGAUGUAAAGACAUGUUUCAGCUGACCUCAGUCAUGGGCGAGGAUAAUAAUGAAGUACAGGGUUUGACAAACGAUGGGAGUGAACAAAGCAGCGAUAUCGAGCUGAAUUUAAUUUGGAACGACGAUCAGCAGCACAUGUCGCAGCAGCCCCUGGAACCCUGCGGACUCGGCGGUGUUCUCCCCGAUGAUCACUUUAUCGUAGUUGUCGAUACAAAGCGGCCCAAGCAAUAUAUCCUCCCACGGGCUUCCGAGUCUCACACUAGGAGGUCGAACGAAAGCAUAGAGGGGAUCAUUCAUCGACGGGCGGCGACGUUAACCUUUUGCCCUGUCCCUGGCGGUUCGGAAACAAAAAAAACCGAAGAAUCACCGUCUAUCGGGAUUAAGUAUUUGUCAUGGCGUAUCAAGAGAUUGACACAAGUCCCACUGCCAGCACCUGCUAUUUUCUUUCCGCCGUUUAGCACUGAUAAUUCCACGUCUGGCGAUGACGACCUGUCUAUAGAUGUAGAUAAUACCCGGUCGUCAGAAGAUUACGCUAAUGGUGUCGAUGUUAGCAGCGGCAUUGAUGCUGGUGAAGUUCCGGACGGAUUGUCUCGGGACUAG